UAACAUUUUUCGUAGAAACCACUCAAGGCACCAUUUUAACUGAGAACAUACUUCAUACAUCAUUCCCAAGAUGAGUGAGCAGGAGGUCACUUACUCAACUGUGAGAUUUCAUGAGUCUUCAAGGUUGCAGAAACUAGUGAGGACUGAGGAGCCUCAAAGGCCCAGAGAAGCUUGCUACAGAGAGUAUUCAGUCCCCUGGAAGCUCAUUGUGAUAGCUUGUGGAAUCCUCUGUUUCCUUCUCCUGGUAACUGUUGCAUUGUUGGCAAUAACGAUUUUUCAGCAUAGUCAACAAAAACAUGAACUACAGGAAACUCUAAAUUGCCACGAUAACUGCAGCCCCACGCAAAGUGACGUCAACUUGAAGGAUGAACUGCUGAGAAAUAAGUCUAUAGAGUGUAGGCCAGGCAAUGAUCUUCUGGAAUCCCUCAGCAGGGAUCAGAACAGAUGGUACAGUGAAACCAAGACUUUUUCAGAUUCCUCACAGCACACAGGUAGAGGUUUUGAAAAAUAUUGGUUCUGUUAUGGUAUAAAAUGUUAUUAUUUCAACAUGGACAGAAAAACGUGGAGUGGAUGUAAACAGACCUGCCAGAUUUCCAGCUUAUCCCUUCUGAAGAUAGACAAUGAGGAUGAACUGAAGUUCCUUCAGAACCUGGCUCCUUCAGACAUUUCCUGGAUUGGAUUGUCAUAUGACAAUAAGAAAAAAGAUUGGGUAUGGAUUGACAAUGGCCCAUCUAAACUUGCCUUGAACACAACGAAAUAUAAUAUAAGAGAUGGAUUAUGUAUGUCGUUAUCUAAAACAAGACUAGACAAUGGGGACUGUGAUAAAUCAUACAUCUGUAUUUGUGGUAAGAGACUGGAUAAAUUUCCUCAUUGACUCUCCAAUGAGUGUAAAAGUGCAAAGAGAGAGACAAUCUGGAAGAUUUUGGGAAUGUUCUCUGAAAAAUGACAUGACAGAGCAGAGGACAUCUUCCUUCCUUGUGGAGACUGAACAGACCUACUCUGGUCCCCCAAAGCUUAUCUGAUUUAUUUGUUUGCAUAAACUCCAAUAAAAGUAAAUAAAGAACCUUAAUAACUA